AUGAAAUACGAACCUGUUAUUAUGAGCUGCUCUCUGGGCCGAGCGUGGCUCCAUGACCUUGACUAUAAGCUCCAACAAGCGGCAAGCGCCGGCUUCAAAGGCAUGGAGAUCUUCUACGAGGAUCUCGAAUAUGCUGCUCGCAAAAUAAGUGGCUCUGAUUCUCCCAGCUCAGAGGAUAUACUCAAGGCAGCAGAACACGCCCAGUCUGUUUGUGAAGGACUAGGCCUUGAUAUCAUUGGUCUACAACCAUUCAUAUUCUAUGACGGUCUGAAGGAUCGAGAGCAACAUGCGAAAUUGAUCGAAAAAAUGAAGUUUUGGUUACGUCUGGCCAAGACACUCCAUACCACGACUAUUCAAAUUCCUGCCAACUUCUUACCAGCAGAGCAGCUGACGGAUGAUCUGGACAUCAUUGUUGCUGAUCUUCGGGAGGUAGCUGAUAUGGGUGCUGCCGAGAAUCCUCCUGUUCGCUUUGCAUACGAGAAUCUGUGCUGGAGCACCCAUAUUGAUACAUGGGAGAAGCUUUGGGAUGUCACAAAGCGGGUUGAUAGACCCAACUUUGGUAUGUGUCUGGAUACUUUCAAUAUCGCGGGUCGAGUGUGGGCGGAUCCUGCAUCGCCAACGGGUAAAACACCUAAUGCAGAUGCCGAUCUGAAAGAAUCGUUGGAGAAACUGGUGAAGGAGGUAGACCUGGCCAAGGUCUUCUAUAUUCAAGUCGUCGAUGCAGAGCGAAUGGAAUCACCUUUGGUUACUGGUCAUCCUUUCCAUGUCGAUGGCCAGCCUCCUAGGAUGAGUUGGUCCCGUAAUGCAAGGACAUUCAUGUAUGAGGAGGAUCGCGGUGCAUACCUUCCUGUAGAGGAUGUUGCUCGUGCGGUCAUCUCGGGAUUGGGUUAUGAGGGCUAUGUUUCUAUGGAGUUGUUUUCUAGAACCAUGGCAGAGGAGGGUGAUCAUGUUCCAGUUGAGCAUGCCUCUCGGGGAAUCCAGGCCUGGAAGAAGUUUCAGGAAAGAUUGCAGCUAGACUAG